UUAAGACACGUUUAGAGUAUUUGUGGAAAAAAAGCAGGGAAGAGAUUUAUAGAACAGGAGUCAUUGCGAGCGUAGGUAAUGAUCCGAUAUAGUGAUAGAAGUUUUAAACACAAAAGUUAAGAUCGAGAUCACACAAAAGCCUAUAUGGCGAUAGAUGUAGAAAAACAUAAUUAAAUCAAGCAGGCUAGGUGACUUUUUGUUUCUACCAUGUGUCAAAGAUGAUGUCAAUAAGCAUCAUCAGCAAAAAAAAAAAAAAAAAGAAACGCGACGCACGCUACAGACCGCAGCGCCAAACUUGUAGUCCAACGCAAUCCAGUCCAAACCAUUCUGCGAAAUCCAAAUCCAAAACACAGAACUGUGCCACUGUGGUUUAGUUUUGCUGGCGCGUUACCGGGCGUCCUCCCGCUAGUUUUAUUGAAAUGGCUUUAGUGUGCUGUAAAACUUUGUGACAGGCUUCCUAAACCUGGCACAGUAUGUUUGUUGGUUGAUCGGUUGAUUGGCCAGCCGUUUCUGCGUGUGUGUUUUGAUCGUCGCUCUUUAUCCAUUCACUCCGGAAAGAGUCGCUGUCUUGCUGCUUUUGCAGGUUCUACAAGGACUGCCUGCAGCCAUGACGCAGCGGCGGCUUCCAAGCACGACCGCGACUGCUCGCGAUGUAAAAAGUGUUCCAGCCACGGUUGCAGACAAGCAGCUGAUGGGGGAAGAACACUGCAGCCUGCAAGUGGCCUUCGAGGAACUGCAGUGUCACCUAAGGCAGUCACGGGACGAGAUCGCCCGCCUUGAACGUGCCAAGGCAAAGCUUCGGGCAGAAGUUGAGGCAAAAAACAUUAGCCUGGGCUACCUCCAGCAGCAGUUAGAUAAACGUGACCAAGAAACGGAAGACUUGAAAUCAAAGCUCGAGGAGCAGAACCAACGGAAUACUGACCUCGCACAGCAGCUCGCAGAAGCCCAGAAAGCAAAUUCUGGAGGCUUUGGUCCAUAUCCUCUGCCACAGUCCUCAAAGAAGCAGCCAUUUCGCUACCCUGUGGAAGUGGGCGUACAGGAUUCGGACCAAGAGGACCCUUCUGUGUGGACGUUGGAUGGCAUGUCACAGUUGUUGAUGGCCCGAAUGCAGCAGGAGAUGAAAAGCUUGGAAGAGCUGGGUGGAGAAGUCAUCGAAGAUCUACCGUCAAGCGAUGGGUCAAGGACACCCCUGCUCAGCCACGACCAACCACAUAAAGGAGCAGCAAAGGGAGCAGACGAAGAAGACACGAGACAGUAUGACAGCAGCCUGCAAGCUGCAAUGCGGCUUGUUGCCACACUGACUGCGCAGCUUAACACGGCCAGGGAGAAGGCGCUGGGCCAGAGGGCAGCACUGCUCUCUACUCUGGCAAGGCUUAGAGAUAACCAGCCCAAGAGGCAAGGCGAACGUACCAGCCGGCCAGCGUUUAGCGGAUCAAGACCCUCGGAUGAAAGUUUUCGUGUCUACUUCACACAGCAGCUCUCUGCAAGCAGCCCCAAUACAGAAGUGUCCCAAGGCACCCUACCAGAAGAGGAGCUCGAGAGGGUUUGUCCGAUCUGCGAGGUCCUCUUCCCGCGGCGAUACACUCAGGAUGAUUUUGAAGGUCACGUCCUGGAGCACCUUUCAGGGCAUGCACUAGUGCUUGAUCCAGCACAGUAGACCCUAUCAAAAGGAUCGAUUUUAUUGUUAUCAGUCCAUAGAAAUUGUUGCCCAUAUAUGUUGUCUGCUGUGUGUAUGGCUGUUGAGCACACAGCUAAUCUUAUGGCACACAGAUUCAGCCAGUCAGAAAGCAUGUUUAAUUUAACUGCCUGGUGUUCAACAAUAUGCAUAUAGCCUGCAUGGUUGAAUUUAUUGAGGUGUACCAAAUAUAUAAGUGUUGCAACAAUACCUUGAUUUGCAAGAGUUGGUUCAUAUUGACAGUAUUCAUAUAAUAGCGCUAAGGACAAAGACGAAAAGAACACAUAUGGUAGGACUGGCACCGGUUUCAGUACUUGUCCUGCCAUAUCUGUUCUUUUCAUCUUCGUUCCUAGUGUUGUUAUAGGACCGCUAUAAGUGUUGGUUGCAGGCAUUGCGUCAUGUUGUGGUGCAUGUCGGUAUUGAAUUCAUAGAUCACAUUAUCUAAGAAAAUGUAGUGAGGUUCAUGCAUUCACUCCUGGCCACGGUGGCCACAUUUCAAUGGGGGCGAGAUGCAAAAAACUCUAGUUCAUUGAUUUAGGUGCACGUUAAGAACCCCAAAUCGUCAAAAUUAAUCCGGAGUACCCUGCUAUGGCGUGCCUCAUAUUUUGAUACCGACUUUACAUUAAAUGAACCAUAUUAAGUGUAAGCUUCAUCCCAGACAUUUACCUGGUGUUCCCAUUCAAAGAACGGAAAAAAGGAACUGCUGUCAUUGGGCAACAGCUCAACUGAGCUUAAUGAACUUUACAGCAUUUAAAAGAAAAGUACAAAUCUAGUGACAAUAUGAAGAGAUGUCAUUAUUUAAUCCUCCUGUUAUGUUUUUAGAAAUUUCAAAACCUGUAAAUCGUGUAUCAUUCCUUGGCUGAAUAAUGAUAAAUAUCAACUGUCCAGAAACUGCAGUUGUCAGAGCAUUUAGAUUUUAAAGCAUGUUGAGCAACAUUAUCCAAUCGGGUGUUUUAUUUCAGUAUCUUCUGCUCACAGUUCAUGUGCUGAGCUUCUUACGUGGAACUCUGUUCAUUGCGUGCUGUGAAAGCAGGUAUUGCAGAGAAAUGAGCUGCAAGCAUACUAUUUGGCUACAAGAAAAUAAAGAAGUCAAGUGGAUGCAUCAUCACAGUCAGCUCGGUAGCAGACCAAAGGUUACGUCUGGUAUGUUGCAGCCAACACAAGCACUGUAUGCCUGUGCAGUUGCAUUUACAUUUCACGGCUACAUAUUGCCUGUGUAAUGAAGAAGGCAAGACGAGGACAAAGUGUCUGCCAUUAGUGUUGGUGGUAGGCACGCAACCAGAGCUUACACUUGCCCGGAUUUUUGGCCGCUUGACACCCACCAUUUCUUGACACUCGCCUUUGAUGUUCCUCGUUGUUCCGCGUGACACCUGUGACGAUCAUGCAUCUGUACAGAGAAGACUAAACGCUGAGCUGAAAUAGUCCAUUCCUGAAAAACUAUGACUGCUUGACAUCGCCAUUGCCUUUCGUCUCACUACGCUUGCUGUUGUCUUUUUAUUGUCAGUACUUAAUAAAUUAAAUAAUAAUUAAAUAAUAAGUAGGGAAAAAGCAGGCUUGUGAACAAGCAAUUGGCAACUACAACGUAGAUUCUAGGAACGCUAGAGGAGAUAUGCUGGUACAAUUUGCAGAAAGGAAUAAGCUGAGAAUAAUGAACGUUAAGAGACAGAAAGAGAGCGGUUUGGAUCACAGAGCAAACGGGUAUAGCCAAUAUUCUAAUUUACAUUAAGAGAAAAAAAUGGUGCUGGGAAGGUCACGUAAUGCGCAGGUUAGGUAACCGUUGGACCAUUAGGGUUCCAGCAUGGGUACCAAGACAAGUGAAGCGCUGUAGAGGACGGCAGAAGACUAGGUGGGGCGAUGAAAUUAGGAAAUUCGCGGGUGCUAGUUGGAAUCGGUUGGUACUGGACAGGGGUAAUUGGAGAUCGCAGGGAGAGGACUUCAUCCUGCAGUGGACAUAAAAAAGGCUGCUGCUGAUGAUGAUGAAUAAAUGUACUCAGGGACGUUAAUCAAUAUUAUGCUCCAACAUCUGCAGCAACUGCAUUCUAAGGAGGCCGGUAUGCAAAACUACUUGUUUGCAACACUUUGGAUGCGCAUUAAGGAACCAGAGUUGGUCAAAAUUAAUUGGGAGCCCUCCACCCACUACGACAGCUCACGUAGCCCGUUGUGUUGCUUUGGGAUGGUUAACCUAAUCAACCAUUCGAUCAGUUAAUUAGAAUUAUGCUUCCUAUUACUUUUUUCUCUCAUACGCGUAUCAGUUUUGUGGUUGCCCAGUGAAAGCAUUUUCAUGUGCCCCUUUUGCUGUAAAAUACAAAUUAAUUAAUGCACUUUUCACAAACAAGUCCAUGUUGAUCCCAUGAACAAUAUGAGGGACUCACCUGGCUGAUUCUCUCAGCCAGCACCAGCCAUGUUUGGAGAUAUGACAUUUUUGUGAAUUUAAUGCUAAUGAUUCGUUUGAACCUUUCAACGUGCAAACUCGCUAGAAGGGCUCUUUUAUAGCACUUUAAUGUGAAGAUUAGAUUUGAACUCAAGGUAAAGCCUCUUUUCAAGAGACACAGAUGUAGGAAAAAAUAUGCACGCGCAGGUCCCGAUACCAGGUUGUACAAUACAAGCUGUCUACUUAGUGAGUUGUUUCACAUGUCUUCUGGGCGUUCUUUUGUAUUUAGAGCAUUUACUAGCCAUGACAGGGUGGCAUUAGCCACAGUGUGAAUUUGACAGGGUAAAGGGCUAUGCAAUGAUUGCUGUAUUGCAUUUGUAAGUGAGCGCAGUUCUUAAUUUGUUAGUACAGUCACCGACAAAUGAAAUUCAAUAAUGUAAAUUCUGUGCAUUUGGAAUUCGAGUACCGUAUGAUGGUGUGCUGUGAAAAAAUUUUUUUGCUUAUUAUUCAGAUACAAAAUCUUUAAAUCACUUGUGCUCCUCAUAUCUAUAGUUUAGUACAUACUGUAGUAUUUACUUUUCACUGGUGCACAAUAUGUAGGUACCUCCUGCAAUAUCACGUUUUCUUUGUUGCCAACUGUAUGCAUUGACCAAAUAGGCUACUAUUUAAACUGGUUCAUUUUUGCCCUGUUCACAUGGCGUAGGCAGAUGCAGAGAGCUGCUCUCUGCAGUGUCAUUCGUGAUGGAAUUACCAUUCGUCCAGUGCUUUUCUGGCAAACCCACAACACUGCCAGUGCACACUGAAUGCGUCAUGAGAGAUUCAGCUUUCAUGCAUGUGGCAAAUAUGUAUUAACAUGUUGGUGCUUUCAAUGACAUUGCAGUGUUUUAACAACAAGGACGUUCUGCUGUUGGGCACAUUAUGGCUAUAACAUUGCAGUGGCCACAUAUUGUUGGGCACGAGGUGUAAGGAAAAACAAAUCCCUAUAUGCCGAGCUUUCAGUGCUGAUUUACGAGACCCCGGUUAGUAAUAAAUAUUCUGGAACCUACUACUCUGGUGCCCCUCACAGCUCUCUGCAGCUUGGGGACUUAGCUACAUAACUACAUGUAUUAGUUAAGGUUAUAGGAAGGCAGUUUAAUGGUGUUCUGCAAGCACAUAUAUUAUUGAACAGGGUGAAUGAACUUUGCUUUGGGAUGUAAAACUUCAUCUGCUAAAAAAAUAUUUUAGUUUUCUGGUAAUGGACAACUAGUAAUAUAGAGAAAUGAUAAAGCCUUCUUCAGCUGUUUCUUUUACCUUUGCUUACCACUGAAUCUCCACACCUUGAUUGAGUUCAGUGUGUUUUCAACAAACACACAUACUAGUAAGUUUGCUUUUCAAUAAGUGUUGCUGAAUUUUCCAUCUAACUGUCAGCGAAUGACACUGUGACACUAAGUCACACUUGCUUGAGGUGACACUGAAGCUGCCCAUCUGGAAAGUGUAUUACUCCAUUUCGUCUAUAAAGCUGCCAAAGAAUUGAAAGGAAAAUUUAAAAUGAAACUCAUGGUUGCUAAAUUAUGAUGCCAGAGUCAAGUUUGUCAGGUGCUCUGACAAAGAAAGCAACAUUGCGUGCAUGCUGGCACUUAAUUAUUGACUGAGUCAGGAACUAGGUGCACCAAGAACUGUAAAUUAAGUACUGAAUAGAGAGAAAGAAAAUUAAUGGGCGAACAUCCAGAAUUGCUUCACCAGACCAACUUGUGCUGCUUACUGUCCGUUAAGUUUCUGGAAAUUGGUUUCUGCCUUUACCAGCACAGUUUUCCGACAAAAACAUGCUUGAGAAAUGUGCUGGUUGUGUGUACGAGUUUCUACCAGCAUGAUGGUUCGACCAUCAUGGGAAUGAUGUUAACAUAUGCACGAUGGAGUUAACAGGCAGUAUAGUUCCAUCUGGCAUUUCACAUCAACCUUCUUCAGGCUAGUUUGCCAUUACAAAUUUAUCUCUGAAUGGUAGCAGGAGGACAUUUUGAGAUUUUACAGGAACAAGCUGUUUAACAGAAAUUGUCAGCCAAUGUUUUCACUUUUAAAAUGCUGCUGUAUUCAGUAUUGUGAAAAUUCCUUGAUAAAUUGAACUAGCUCUCACAAUAAAACAGAUGAAAGAACCCAUUACUACGUUAUCAGCCAAGCCAUAUAUAUAUAGUCAAUGUGGUACUCACCAUUCCGGUGAUUGUUGAAUGCUUGCAAUGUGAGUGUGCCCUUUAGCUGUACAAAACUACAAGGAAGGGUAAGGGGUGCUUAUUCCUUGUUAUUCAAAGUUCUAGCAUGUCUGAAAGCUCUGGCACAAGCACAUGCAAUCAUUAAAUAUUAAAUUGUUAGCCCAUAACUAUAUGCCUGGGCAAUGCCAAAUGGUGAUGGUUCCUUUUUUUUCUCCCCCUAAUGGUUCUGGAGUGACUGUGAAGAGUGCAGGCGCUCUUGUAUCUUCCAAAGCCAUUGUAAAUGCUAUACUUUCAGCCUGAAAGCUGCCUUCACAAUCAUCGUUCAAAUUUUUUUUUUUUUUUUGCUUUCGUGGUGGUUAUCUUAACUUUUAAUCCUUGAGCACUAAGCUGUACUUGUGGCAGCUUGUACCAGUAUUGCCAAGGCUUUGUCCCACUUCUCAAUACAACACUUGACCUGCUUACAGAAAAUGGGGUGUGCUUGUCAGAUUUUAGUGUGCAUGUUUCAGAAACCGUGCAUACUAUUUUGUUGUUUACGUUCUUUUCAUUAUCAUGCAUUCUAAUGAUUAGGUUUAAAAAACUAUUAGUUGGUUAAGGGGAGGCCUUAUUCUUUGAACAAGAUUCUUUGCAUAACAUUGUGGAUAAUAUUUAAUUGUAAACAGUGCAUGUAAAAAUUUAGGGAAUUUUCACAGGCCCAAGCGUUAAAAGUUACCCUUUUCCUAUGGGGCAUUGUAUAUUGCACCACUCACCUGAAGACAGCACCUCAAACGAAAAGGGGAGGGGAUUUUCCUGCAGGCUGUUCUAUGAAUUUUGGUUUGGCACAUUUCUUGUAUGCAUGUCUACCAGAUGUGCAAGGUAUCCGAGGACACAGCUUUGAAUUGCCAUAGACGUUAACUUUCUCAUUGUGUCUGUCCAGACACUUAACAUCAUCCACACCGACCCCUCUGCGACCUAUCUAGCACAUUUAUUCCAGGGUGUCAGCGUUCAGUCCAAUACUGGAGAUGAAGCAGUGCAUCGUCCUAGUCCCCUUGCAUGCCGACUUGGAAGUCACCACCUUCUUGAAUGUUGUGAAGUGGUUUGUUUUCUGGGUGAGACAAGAGUUCGUGGCCAAUUAUCAGCUAAGACAAAGACAAUUAAGCGCUGUCAGCUGUCAUUCAGACGGUUUAAUUUCUUUAGCAUGUGAAGGUCAUGAUGAGCGAGAACCUUGGAAAAGUCUAUUAUGGCCACUUACGAUCAGCUUCAGGUGGCAGAAUCAAAAACAAGCUUCCUGUGCACCAUUCUAUUACGCCCCACUUCUUAGUUACGGAAUUGCUUGAGCCCGUAGUGCCUGCACCACCCAAGAACAUGCGGUUGCAAACUUCAGCAACAAUGUCACCCUCAAUAUGGCAUCCUAGUUCCGAAUACCUAAACCUGUAAGCCGCUAUGUAUGGCAGGCGUCGCUGAGAGAAAGACUAACAAACAGCCACACUAUGAUAAAUACUUGCUAAUGCCCGUUAUUGUAGAAGCAUUGCCUAACAUCAAUGUGCACCAUCUGAUCGGAAUGUAUAGAUAUUAUCAAAGUCGAAUUCAGGCAGUAAUUGAGGCUGAAGAUGAUUUUGUUUGUCUCAAUUGAAAAGCAGCAAAAGUAACAGUAAAAAUAUUUGGAACGAGUAUACUGAAUCUCGUCUGAAAUUUACCGAUGUCAUUGUCCUCAAGUACCUCGCACACCCAGUAUAGUAUUCGAACAGUAGAUAUUUGCAGCUGUGUACAGCAUCAUUUUUUUUUUGUGACGAACUAAAGGGUCUGGCUGCUGUGUUGAGACCAACAUAAACACUUAAGAGGUAACUGCAAGUUUUGUGUUUGGAUAUAUUAAUAUAUUCAACACGCAUGCCUGGAAGCAUCAACAUUACAAAGAUGCUAUCUCACCACGUAUUUCAGCAUCUCUGCCUAAUUUUCAUUCAGACACCAACAGUUUACAUUAUAGAACUGGUUGUGCACUUUACUCAUUAACAUCUCUGAUUUGCAAGUCUGCAAAAUACUGUCUGAACAGGUGCUUUCUCAGAUGUUUUUAUUUAAACUUCAAUCUUUUGUUUUCUUGGAAUGGUUGCAACAACUGUCAUGAGGAGACAGAUGUGAUUACUGUCGAUAUCUGCAAUAAAGUAUGUAUAAAGCUUC